AUGCCCUUCAUUUUCCGUAUUAGAGCGUACAAGAUGGCGCUCGAAGUGACCAUUUUUUGGUUUAUUUUAUGUGUAUUUCUCGUCCAAAACAGCUGUUCAAACCUCGUUGUCAACAUCAAAGCAAAAGAUGGAGAUGUGGUUCAGAAGAGUUUCUUUUCAGAUCCCGAAAAAGACUACGUUACGAUUGAUUUUAUGACUCACGGGGGUCGGUAUGUUACAGUGUACAUCGACUUCCGUUUGGUAUGUUGACUUUAUUUAACGUGGGUUUUCAAAGCUUCUAGUCAUUUUUCCACCAUAAAUAUUACCUUUUGAACACCAGCCAUCUGCUCUAGCAGAUUUCGUUAUCUCCAACGUGGUAUUACCUUAGAAAAUUAUUUCAAAUGGCUCGGAUCGUAGGCUCGACAUGGCAAGCAAUACUUAUUAUUCUUCGGUAGCUUACGAGUACCGACGAAAGAUCGAACCACUACACAGAGUUUUCUCGUUCUUUAAGACUACGACCUCAACUUACAGGCCUCCGAGCCACUGAAAUGUGUUCCUUUCUUCUUGCUAAUCGAUACACAUUGCUAGCUGUCUUUUAACACAGCUAGGAAGGUUGUUUGUCUAUACGUCCGGUAUUCAACGGGCAGUACGGCCCAGACGUAAUGUGUGUCAAUAACAUGGACAUAAUGGGAUAAGUCGUCGAAUCUCCCAUGAACUAAAAUAGUCCAGAAGUCAAAAUAUAACAAAACAAAGCUAACAUACCUUUAACUGAACGUCUCCUUGUCUUUCCUGAUCGGUUGAAGUGACAUUUUGUCCAGUUUUGCAAUCGGUCACUAAAGAGUGGUCAGUACCUACGAUUGCAAAACUAGACAAAAUGCGUCUUUAACCGGCUAGGAAAGACAAGGAGACGUUCAGUUAAAGGUAUGUUAGCUUUGUUUUGUUAUAUUUUGACUUCUGGACUAUUUUAGUUCAUGUUAUUGACCCACACUAUGUCUGGGCCACCUGUGGUCGGACAGAAGUUUUAAAACAUAUACUUGAUGUCUGAUAGUCGGAGUUUCUUUACGUUUGUGUAGAUUAUGCGAAAAUGGUUAGGGCUCAGAGCUGUUUGUUAGGAGACAAAGAAUUCAAAAGGGUAACAUAAGAAAAUUUUGACUGCCAGACAAAGCAUUUAAAAAAAAUCCUUUAUUGCUGUCGAAAAUCUGGUCACAGGGUUAAAUUUAAGGUAAAAUACAAUCUUUUUUGUUCCAGUGUCCUGAAAUAUGGUCAAAGUAGGCUAUUGGAUGCCUCUAAACUUCAAGCUCAAACUUAAGUAAAAAAUAAAUAUUUGGUGAGAAAUCUGGCAGAUACUUCAUAUGCAAAAAGUACAUUUUCCUUCACAUUUGCAGAUUCUGUCAGUGUCCAAAAAUUUAUCCCUUAUAAUUUUUUUUAAAGAGUACUAAUCAAUACUUUUAAAAUACUGAAGGAGGUUGUACUCCUGCUGUGUUUGAGAUAUUUUUGGGGAGUGGGUGUUUUGUAGUUUGUGGAUUACUCCUCAAACUAUUACACAUACACUUGAGUGUUUUACAGAGCGUAAAUGUUAUAGUCACGAUAUUGAUAAAUACGUUUUCUCUGCUCAUUCAGAAACGGAAGAUAUUCCAGGUCACUGUUCUUGGGGAAAUGGACAAAGCUGAAAGUUCGUAUGAAGCCAUGUGCUUUGUAACAGAACUUGUAGAAGAUGAGUUUAUCUCUUCUGAUGCCAUGUCAAAGCUGAGACAGGUUAAUAGUACAUUAUCGAUAAUAAUAAUAAUCGUAACUAUAACAAAAUUCUCAAAUCUAAUUGGCUAUCAACUGCCCUGACUUCAGGCUUAAUAGGACAGUUUAAUUGGACAGUACGCGUCAUGCUUAAGUAAUUGGAUAGUAAGCGCCAUCACGCGUGCGCUGAAAUGGCUUUUUUUUUUCACUGUUAGCAAAAAUCUUGGAAUUUCUUGUGUUUUGAUUUUAAAAAGAGCUUUAUAUAUCACAAAUCUUGUUAAAGUUAUGAUUAAUUGGUAAAAGAACCUCGUGUCGUCCAAUUCGGUUUGUAAUCAUACUCGUGAUUAAACAAAUGGCACUCCUGCUACACGGUCGUCCAAUUUUGUUAAUCACUCGUAUGAUUACAAACCGAAUUGGACUCCACUCGGUCCUGUUACCAUUAUGAAUAGCAUUUAUAAAAAUAACAAAACUGGUGAAUGACAACGAACCAUUUCAUUUGCCAACGUAAUAUCAUUUCCAUUUGCUACACAUUUUUCAUAUUAUUUCCACUACCAGCUUGUAUUUUAUUAUUAUUAUCAUUAAUAAAAAAUAUAAAAAUUUUGUUAAUGCCCUAUUAAUGACAAGUCUUAAACUCCUGGUUUCUCAAUAAAAUUAACCUCCAACUAAACAAUUCAAACCAAAACCUUUGUUAUAAUUCAAACCAAUUUUGUUUCCCUAGUAAGUUUAAAAAUUUGAGAUUCUUGUGUUUGAUUAUUUUACAGGAUAAUGAUAAUGUUAAAUGUGAUGAUGAUGAUGAUGAGAAAUUGGUGUUGCAGAGCAGACCCAGGUAAUUUAUUUACAGACAAUGUAUUCCAUUUGCAGAAAAACCCCAGCACAAUUCGAAUUCCAGAAGAUGAUAUUGGAAGUGAUUCUCAUAUCAUGGAUCAUGUUGUCAGCCUCACUUCUACUGAUGUCCUGGAUAAAAACUUGACAGAAUUGUGUAGAGAUGCUGGCAAGGUGUUGUUCAAAGGAACAGAUCCCAAGUUAUUGUUAUCAGGUAUGUAGUGCUCAGCCACCAGGGAGUUUUGUGAGGGUUCCCUAAAGGUUUUACAGGAUGAGGGAUGCAGGGUUUGCUUUAUUUGAAGGCAUAUACAGGUACAAAUUCUCCAAACUGGUCUCCAUACAGUUCCUUAAAGAAUGUAUUGAGAGAAUUUGAUAAAAGAUCAAAGCAUUUUCUCGUGGGUGAUCAUUUUAUUAAUUCUCAUUACCUAAUCUCUUGUCAAUGUAUGGAUAUCGUUGGGAGAAAAUUGAUGUUGGUUACCAUUGGGAAUUGAAGGGUGAAAGUAAAAUUGGGUGAGAUUCGGGAUUGAGAGUAUGCACUGGAUGCAGGGUGCCGCUAAUGACCAAAUGUGAUGACAGGAUUGGGAGAAAAUUUCAGUUGAGAAGGUUGUAUUGAAGAACCCUCUUAGGGCCCCUCAGAUGAACGAGCCUGUUGCAUUAUCAUCAUGGCUGUAGUUGCUGUCGAUGGAUAUAGGACUCAUUUACUGACAGUUUUUCUCAAGUCAGAUCUACAAGUAGAUUUUCCCCUCUCUUUUACCUAGAUCUGUAAUAACAUUUCAACGACCUCUGAGCAUUUAUUUAGAUACCUAGUGUCCAACUACUUAUAAACAUUGCAACCACUGGACAUUUUCCAGAGAAGUUCUCAUGACUUGGAGAAAGGACACCAAUCGAAAAUUGGAAAAGUUACCAAUGACAGUUGGAAAAGGGCCUGUUGUCCAUCAAUGAGCCAAUGAACAAGUUGCCUGCAUUUAUAAGUCAGGCACGUUGUAUGUGUGAGGUCAAUGUUCUUGUCUGGAAGCUUUACUGACAUGGCAUAAGAGUUUGGGCGCAUUUCUAUCGUUAUCAAUCUGUCAACCUUUGAUUAAUUGAAAGAGUUCUCUUUAUGGUCUUGCUAUUUUCUUAUUUGCAAACUCUUAUCCAACGUACAAUCCAUUUCUAAAUCCUGAAGGGAUGUAAAAUUGGCUUCCCAAAAUUAUCACAGAGGUAAAAAAAUCAAGGGGAAUAUGACUGUGUUUAUGAUUUUAACAAUGUGAGCCAAGCGGUCUAAAGCCUGAUUGGAAGUUCUCUCGCAAUCUCUACGAACAGAACAUAUGAGUUCAGUUGUCAUGGUAACCAAGCCUGGAUAUGACUUUGUGCUGAUCAUAUUUAGAACAUCUUGACCAUAAUCUGGAAUUAACUUGUGUAGGUGUUCAAUUUUUUUCUCAGUUGUUAGAGAAUCUAAAAUCUACUCCCUGAUAUUCUAAACAAGUAGAAUAGAGCGUUUCUGAAUUGAAAAAACUGGCUUUCAAUAUGAGGCAAAGUACAAAACCUUUUUUGUGAGAAAGAAAUUUAUUUGCAAGAGAAAGAAAAAAUCAUCAAUGGCUUUGCACUUAGCCUCACUUUGAAACAGAGGCUUGGGACUACUUGAAAACGGUCUAUUCCUGUGCCUUAAGUUGACAAGUAACAUCUUAGUACUUUUUUUACUUACAGAAAAUUCAACACGAGAAGAUCGUGACAAGCUAGAGUUAGCAUCACAGGAUCAGUCUGGCUUUUUAAAGGUGUUAAAACGUUGCAGGGACACUUCGGAACUCAGUGCAGAGUGUAUCUGUAGAAGUGAAGUCUGCAUAAGCUGGUAUCCCUGUAAACUGAAAUUAUGCCAAGGAGAAGAUGACAAUGGGCAGCCUGUGGAGUAUCGAUGCGGCAUUAAAACAUGUGGCAAAUGCCAUGACUUUGAUUUUUAUGUUCAUGAGAGAAGGAACUGUUUUUGGGACAUGAAUACGUAGCCUCACUUGGCACAAUCUUGUACACAUAUAAAAAGUUUCUACUUUAACGAAUUCACUACUUUUCUACUUAAUCUUUCCCCUUCUACUUUGUACAACAGAACGUUUUAGCAGGUAGAAAAAAAAAACAGGAGUUCCUGGGCUGUAACAAGUGGCUAGAAAAAAGCUGGGCACUGGGGUAAUGUUUGCUGAUGUUAUUUUGUACAAUUUUGAUUCCCUUUUAUUCUUUAGAACAUUUGUAUAUUGUUUUUAUAGAAGGUUGAGCCAUAAUAUCCAAGCAAAAAAACGUUCAUGUUCUUUUUUGUAGAUGAUUUUUCUCCUAUUAAAUUUUUUUGAAUGCUUGGUCAUUUUUUCAACACAGUUUUGUAAUACUAAUAUCUGAAUUUGUAAAGAACAAUUUAAGAUUUUAAGGUUUAUAAAAAAUGUAAAUAAGAUUUCAUUGCUGUUGAGCUUGUUGAAGUUAGGUUACAAACCACACUAAUUCUGAAGAAAAAAAAUUCUCAAAAA